GUGCUGCACUGUGCGGGGCACAUGCGCACGUACUCGGGGCCGGGCUCGGGGCCCGUGCGGUGCCUGGUGCUGAUCUGCGAGGCCAUCGCCCACCCCGGAGCCAUCGAGGCCCCGCUGGGCUCGGGCACCGUCCUCACCCGCCACUCCAUGGACAUGAAAUUCACAUACUGCGACGACAGGAUUGGGGAGGUGGCCGGGUACCACCCCGAGGAGCUCCUGGGCUGUUCCCUGUACGAGUUCGUGCACGCGCUCGACUCCAACACCCUGAGCCGCAGCGUCCACACCCUGCUGAGCAAGGGCCAGGCUGUCACCAGCCACUAUCGGUUCCUGGCCAAGCGCGGGGGGUUCCUCUGGGCGCAGACCCAGGCCACCGUGAUGGGCGGGGGGCGCGCGGCCCCCGAGGGCAUCGUGUGCCUGCACUUCCCCCCCGGGGACAAGCGGGCGCUGAAGACCCCGAAGAUUUUCGGGGGGAGCCGCGGCCCCGGCACCGCCCUGCAGCUGGACCUGGCCAUGCUGGCCCCCUACAUCCCCAUGGACGGGGAUUUCCAGCUGGGCGGGGCCGAGCCCCACAGGGGGCGGGGCCUGGGCCACGCCCCCCGCGCCGAGGCCCCGCCCCCCCGGCCCCGCGCCCGCAGCGUCCCCGGACGAGGCCCCGCCCCCUCCCGGCCCGGCCACGCCCUCCCGCGCUGGGGCAGCGACCCCGCCCUCGGCCACGCCCCCAGACCACGCCCCGCUAGGAAGAGGCCGCGGGAGCCGAGCUGGGAGGACCCCGGGGCCCCCCUGAAACGGGCGGAGCUGGAGCCCCCCGGAACCAACCACGGGCAGCUGGGGCGGCUGCUGAGCGGGGACCCCCCAGGACUGAGCCCCCCCCUGGGGCAGGAGAGACCCCGCGGGCUCCUGGCUGAUGGUUUGACCCUUCCGGGGACCCCCCAAAUUUUGGGGGGGCUCCCCCCGACCCCAAAUCCGGAGAGCAACUGA